AUGCGUGUGUUUCAAGAGGGAAUCAAUCCCCGAUAUAUGCAGGGUCUUGGGAAGUAUCGCCGUUCUUCGAGGGAGGCUGACCGUACUAGGUAUCUUACCCCACCCGCCCGGACUUGUUUCGAGAUGUCGGCUGGAUUCAGGAUUAGCUCCCACCUUUGGGACAAAAUUCACCACUUUGCAGCAUUUCCCCAGACUGGAGUUUCGUUGCAGCAGAUGGCUCUGUUCGGAAAGAAUCCAUCCCAAGGAACCUUGCUCAAGGCCAGCCAGUUUCUCUCUGAGGAGCUCCCCGUGAGACUGGCCCACCGUAUUCGCGAGCUCGACGAGUUGCCACACAACCUUCGCGAUAUGCCCUCAAUCAAAAAGGUCAAGAACUGGUAUGCGCAGUCCUUUCAGGAGUUGAUCGAAUUCCCCACUCCAAGACUCGAUAAGCGCACACGCGAUAUUCUGAAUCAGCCACCGCCCGAGAAUACACACUUGCCUCAGGCGACUGAAAAUCCCGUCAUGCCUAAACUCUUGCGUGCGAUUGGAUCAUCACGAUAUGGAAAGGACAACGGAAAUGGAAACGGAAAGAUGCGUAUCCCCAUGCAGAGACUCUAUUGUUCUGCCCAGAGCUCCGUCGUGUGGCCACCCGAGGUAUACGAAUAUAACAAGAAUUUCACUCGGGCCCUCGAGGCAAUCAAACGAAGACACGACCCCACCGUCACGACUGUUGCACAAGGUGUGCUAGAAUGGAAGCGAUCUUUGAAUAUUGGUCAACUGGACACAGAGGUCCAAGGAUGGCUUGACCGAUUUUACAUGUCUCGCAUUGGCAUCCGAUUUCUCAUCGGACAACAUGUUGCCCUCAAUACUCAAGUGCCCCAUGAAGACUAUGUAGGAAUCAUUUGCACGAAAUCUAACGUCCACGACAUUGCACACGAAGCUAUUGAGAAUGCACGAUUUGUUUGCGAAGAACAUUACGCUCUCUUCAAAGGUCCCCCGGUUCAAUUGAUCUGCCCGCGUGACCUUCACUUCCCAUAUGUCCCCGGGCACUUGUCCCACAUUCUUUUCGAACUACUGAAGAACUCUCUCCGAGCCGUUGUUGAACGAUAUGGCCCAGACAAUGAAGCCUCUUAUCCGCCAAUCAAGGUCGUCGUUGUUGAAGGCCAGGAAGACAUUACGAUCAAGAUUUCGGAUGAGGGAGGAGGAAUCCCAAGAAGUAGUGUACCGCUCGUUUGGGGAUAUCUGUUCACUACAAUGGAGGGACAAAACUUGGACCAGGACUUCCAGGCGAGCGAUUUCAAAGCUCCCAUGGCUGGAUUUGGAUAUGGGCUGCCUCUAUCAAGAUUGUACGCGCGAUACUUCGGUGGUGAUCUGCGAUUGAUUUCCAUGGAAGGAUACGGGACGGAUGUUUACAUCCACCUGAACCGCCUCUCGAGCUCACGCGAGGCUCUCUUGUAA